AUGGAUCCGCCCGGAGACAAAGUGGCUGAAGCCCAUAAGAUCUUAUAUGACGAAGGCUUUAGGAUUCGCAACGAAGUUACCGGGGUCGAGCAUGUCCAGCGUUCGCUGCAGAAUGGUUCUUCUGAUUUUGCCCGACCUAUGCAAGAACUUGCGACAGAGGUGGGUUGGGGUUGUAUCUGGACGCGCCCUGGUCUGGACCGCAAGACUCGAAGCCUGCUGAAUAUUGCUAUGCUUUGUGCCUUGAACAGAAUGACUGAGCUUGCAGUCCAUGUGAGAGGGGCAGUUAACAAUGGUGCGAGCGAGGUCGAGAUUCGGGAGACGUUGAUCCAGGUUGCGGGCUAUUGUGGGUUGCCGGCCGGGUUGGAGGGGGUGCGAGUCGCUGAAGGGGUGCUCAAGGCCGUCCGAGGUGACGAUAGUGCAGCUUGA